CAGCGCGAGCUGCCUGGACUCUGGAGAGUAUGACUUAGGUACCAUAACUUCCGGUACAGCCUUUCUUUACAGUUCGCAAAGUUCAUGGGCAUGAGAGCAGCGAAGGUUCCGGAGCUAGUUUGUGCUUUAGACUUCCAUGUUUCCAUUUGCAGUUGGGUGAAGUGAUUAGAGCUGAAAAGGAACCCCUGGAGUCAGACAAUUUAACUCAAACAUCUGGGAAAUUCGCUCUGAGGAAGGCUGUCUGGGACUUGAACUCCACUCUAGGGAACGGACUUGCCGGGACUGACAGUGGCCGGAAGUGAGGCUGCGGGGAAUGGCCGCCGCUGCGACCAUGGCUGCUGCCGCCCGGGAACUGGUAUUGCGGGCUGGAACCUCAGAUAUGGAGGAGGAAGAGGGCCCGCUGGCCAGUGGUCCUGGGCUCCAGGAACCACUGCAACUUGGGGAGUUGGAUAUUACUUCUGAUGAGUACAUCCUGGAUGAAGUGGAUGUUCACAUUCAGGCAAAUCUGGAGGAUGAGUUAGUAAAGGAAGCUCUUAAAACGGGUGUAGAUCUUCGUCACUAUUCAAAGCAAGUUGAGCUGGAGCUACAGCAGAUUGAACAGAAAUCCAUUCGGGAUUAUAUUCAAGAGAGUGAGAAUAUAGCAUCUCUGCACAACCAGAUCACAGCCUGUGAUGCUGUCCUGGAGCGAAUGGAGCAGAUGUUGGGAGCUUUUCAGAGUGACCUCAGCUCCAUCAGCUCUGAGAUUCGGACACUGCAGGAACAGUCAGGAGCCAUGAAUAUUCGACUUCGAAAUCGCCAGGCAGUUCGAGGGAAACUUGGGGAACUUGUUGAUGGUCUGGUGGUGCCUUCUGCUCUGGUCAUGGCAAUUCUAGAGGCUCCAGUGACAGAACCCAGGUUCUUGGAACAGCUACAGGAGCUGGAUGCCAAGGCAGCCGCAGUCAGGGAGCAGGAAGCUAGAGGCACGGCGGCCUGCGCAGAUGUCAGAGGCGUGCUUGAUCGGCUCCGGGUCAAGGCAGUGGCGAAGAUCCGAGAGUUUAUCCUCCAGAAGAUUUAUUCCUUCAGGAAACCAAUGACCAACUAUCAGAUCCCCCAGACAGCCCUGCUGAAGUACAGGUUCUUCUAUCAGUUUCUGCUGGGCAAUGAACGAGCAACAGCAAAGGAGAUCAGGGAUGAAUACGUGGAGACGCUGAGCAAGAUCUACCUGUCUUACUACCGCUCUUACCUGGGGCGGCUCAUGAAGGUGCAGUAUGAGGAAGUUGCUGAGAAAGAUGAUCUGAUGGGUGUGGAAGAUACGGCAAAGAAAGGGUUCUUCUCAAAGCCAUCGCUCCGCAGCAGGAACACCAUUUUCACCCUGGGAACCCGUGGCUCUGUCAUCUCCCCGACUGAACUUGAGGCCCCCAUCCUGGUGCCUCACACAGCCCAGCGUGGAGAGCAGAGGUAUCCAUUUGAGGCUCUCUUCCGCAGCCAGCACUAUGCCCUCCUAGACAAUUCCUGCCGUGAAUAUCUUUUCAUCUGUGAAUUUUUUGUUGUGUCUGGCCCGGCUGCACACGACCUGUUCCAUGCUGUCAUGGGCCGUACACUCAGCAUGACCCUGAAACACCUGGAGUCCUAUCUCACUGACUGCUAUGAUGCCAUUGCUGUGUUUCUCUGUAUCCACAUUGUUCUCCGGUUCCGCAACAUUGCAGCAAAGAGGGAUGUUCCUGCCCUGGACAGGUACUGGGAACAGGUGCUUGCCUUGCUAUGGCCACGGUUUGAGAUGAUCCUGGAGAUGAAUGUCCAGAGCGUCCGAAGCACUGACCCUCAGCGCCUUGGAGGGUUGGAUACUCGGCCCCACUAUAUCACGCGCCGCUAUGCAGAGUUCUCCUCUGCUCUUGUCAGCAUCAACCAGACAAUUCCCAAUGAAAGGACCAUGCAAUUGCUGGGACAGUUACAGGUGGAGGUGGAGAAUUUUGUCCUCCGAGUGGCAGCUGAGUUCUCCUCAAGGAAGGAGCAGCUUGUGUUUCUGAUCAACAACUAUGACAUGAUGCUGGGUGUGCUGAUGGAGCGGGCCGCAGAUGACAGCAAAGAGGUCGAGAGCUUCCAGCAGCUGCUCAAUGCUCGGACACAGGAUCUCAGGCCUGAGGCCUACUUUCCACAGGAACUGGAUGCAAGGUACUACAAUUCCUUUUUCAGGAAGAGAGGCUCUUGCUCCAAGCCUGGCAUACAGCAUAUGCCCUUUCAGGCAGGGACGCCACCGCCUGGGUCUUUGGUUCUUGUCCUGGUCUGGUUAUUUUCCCAUGUACUGCUUCCGCUUUGUGACUGCUCUAGGCAUUCCUCCUACUACAAACUACUAUAUGGUUAUAUAGAAGGAUUAUAUAAAUGACAGCACUAAAUGUGUUGGAACAGCUCUGACUACAAUACCUGUAUGAUUAGUAUAGAAAGAGUAUAUGGAACUAAGUAUGUUAGAUAUAAGUAUUAAGUAUGAUUAUAUAAGCUAGAAAUAUGUAAGCAGUAAGUUAUACUUCAGGCACUAAUUCUAUAAACUAAUAUAUGAUUAUAUAUGAAGGAUUACAUAAAGGAAAUAGCUGAGUAAUAACACUAUAAACUAAGGUAUUCUUCAGGUACUAAUUGUGCCUGGGGUUCGCACAGCACUCCUUCCGCGUUGCCCAUGUAGGGGGUUACCCACUAUGGGGUUUCACGAUGUUGGCCAGGCUGAUCUUAAACUCCUGACCUUAGGUGAUCCACUCACCUUGGCAUGAGCCACUGUGCCGGGCCCAGAUUCUGUGUUUAAUGACACUGAAAAACAGAAUGAAUUUUUGUUUCUGUAUAUAUAUAGCUAUACUUUUAAAAGGAAGAACAUGCACAAAAAAGGGGAAAAAGCAAGAGCAAAAAAAACGCGACAUUUAGUUCAACGAGUGGCUGUGCAUGAGGCACAGGGAUGGUUUGAGGAGGAUUUCAUAGUUUGAUGGUAACUUCUGCCAAUCUGCUACUUCUUGGAUUGUGUGUUGUGUUCCUGGGUAUUUAUAUCAUUAAAAAACAAAACAGUCCAGGUGCGGUAGCUGGUGCCUGUAAUCCCAGCACUUUGGGAGGCUGAGGCAGGCGGAUCACCUGAGGUGAGGAGAUCAAGAUGAUCCUGGCUAACAUGGUGAAACCUCGUCUCUACUAAAAUACAAAAAAUUAGCCAGGCAUGGUGGUAGACACCUGUAAUCCCAGCACUUGGGAGGCCAAGGCAGGAGAAUCGCUUGAACCCAGGAGGUGGAGGUUGCAGCAGUGAGCUGAGGUUGCAGUGAGCUGAGAUUGCGCCAUUGCACUCCAGCCUGGGCAACAGAGUAAGACUCGCAAAAAAAAAGAAAACCACUGCACUGGGCUGUUUUAUUUUUUUAAUGAUAUAAACACUGAUGAGAUGAGGCAAAAAAAAAAAAAUAAAAGCCAGGCAUAGUGGUGCACACUUGUAGUCCUAGCUAUUUGGGAGGCAAAGGCGAGAGGACCACUUGAAAUCCAGGAGUUCGAGGUUACAGCAAGCUAUGAUACUGCCGUUAUAGUCCACCCUAGGCAACAGAGCAAGACCUGUCUCAAACAGCACAGCAAAACAAAAAUCCCCAGAAUCACAGGAUUCUUUUCAGGCAUAAUUUUGCUAAUAUUGUCAUGUUAUUGCAUAUAGCUAUAGCUCAUUCUUUUAAAUUGCCAUAUGUGACUUGUGUGAUUAAACAGAUUCUAUAAAUA